CUCUCUCUCUCUCUCUCUCUCUCCGUGUGUGUGUGUGUGGCUCUCUCUAUCUCUGGAAACAUGCACACUCUAGCAUGGAAGGCCAUGGUAAUGGCUGCAGCUCUCCUCCAGCUAUGCUCGUCUAGGGAGUUAGAAUCCAAUCUCUCCCUCCAAGAUAAGAUCACCAAGCUCCCUGGUCAACCACAGGUCAGCUUCCAGCAGUUCUCAGGCUACAUCACAGUGGAUGACAGGAAGCAGAGGGCUCUCUUCUACUACUUUGCUGAAGCUGAGUUAGAUCCAUACACAAAGCCUCUGGUCCUCUGGUUGAAUGGAGGCCCUGGUUGCUCUUCUGUUGGGGUUGGGGCAUUCUCUGAGAAUGGUCCUUUUAGGCCAAGUGGGCAGGUGCUGGUGAGAAAUGAGUUUAGCUGGAACAAAGAGGCCAAUAUGUUGUAUUUGGAGACCCCAGCUGGAGUUGGCUUCUCUUAUGCCACUGAUUCUUCCUACUAUGAUGGUGUGGAUGAUAAGAUGACAGCCAGGGAUAAUCUAGUGUUCUUGCUGCGCUGGUUCACCAAGUUCCCACAGUACAAGGACAGGGAUCUCUAUAUCACAGGAGAAAGCUAUGCAGGUCAUUAUGUUCCUCAACUGGCGGAGCUCAUGGUUCUAUUCAACAAGAAGAAAAAUGUUUUCAAUCUCAAAGGAAUUGCUCUGGGCAAUCCAGUUCUUGAGUUCUCCACUGACUUCAAUUCAAGAGCAGAAUUCUUCUGGUCCCAUGGAUUGAUAUCAGACUCAACAUAUAGAAUCUUCACAUAUGCUUGUAACUAUUCUCGAUAUGUAAGCGAGUACUAUAGAGGCUCAUUAAGCCCGGUUUGUGCAAGAGUGAUGGGCCAAGUGACUAGAGAAACAAGCAGAUUUGUUGACAAAUACGAUGUCACACUUGAUGUCUGUAUAUCAUCAGUUCUAUCACAAUCCAAGGUUCUAAGUCCUCAACAAGUUCCCGAGCAUAUCGAUGUUUGUGUGGAGGAUGAAACAGUGAACUAUCUCAACCGCAAAGAUGUUCAAGAUGCCAUGCAUGCUCGCCUUACCGGGGUUCCAAAAUGGUCAGUUUGUAGCAGUGUUCUUGAGUAUGAGCUGCUUAACUUGGAAAUACCCACAAUUUCGGUUGUAGGCUCACUUGUCAGGUCUGGAAUCCCAGUAUUGGUUUACAGUGGAGAUCAGGAUUCUGUCAUUCCUUUGACGGGUAGUCGAACACUUGUGCAACGAUUGGCGAAGGAACUAAAACUGAAGACGACGGUUCCUUACAGAGUUUGGUUUGAGGAUAAACAGGUUGGUGGAUGGACUCAAGUGUAUGGGGAUAUCCUCACCUUUGCAACCAUUAGAGGAGCUUCUCAUGAAGCUCCAUUCUCACAGCCUGAGAGGUCUCUUGUUCUGUUCAGAGCUUUUUUACAGGGCAGACCGCUACCUGAGACAUUCUGACAUACUCCAUCACCUGGUUUUUUCAGUAGUUCAAAGAGUGUGUAUGUAAGUGAGAUUAAAAUUCGUUUCCUGGUUUGUCAAUGUGUUAGAGCUGGGAGUUGGAGAAAUUGUGUGAAGAACACGCAGAAUGUGUGUUAUUUUCAGCUACCAACUUCCAUUGCAUGGCAGUAUUGCCUCAAUGAAGAUGGAUAAUCCAUUCAUGGCUACCAGUUGAAUCAAAAUUAUCCUUUUGAAUCUGAUU